GAGGGAGGGCGAGGGCGCGCGCAGGCCUCGUGCGCUCGCGUCCGUCCGUCGGUCGGUCGGUCGGUGCGGGCGGCGGGGGCAAGAUGCCCGUCCUGCUCUUCCUCAUCGACACGUCGGCGUCCAUGAGCCAACGCACCUACCUGGGCACCACUUACCUGGAUAUCGCCAAGGGCGCUGUCGAGCUUUUCAUGAAGAUGCGGGCCCGCGACCCCGCCAGCCGCGGCGACAGGUACAUGCUGGUCACCUUCGACGAGGCGCCCUGCGGCAUCAAGGCUGGCUGGAAGGAAAAUCAUGCAACUUUCAUGAAUGAGCUGAAGAAUCUUCAGGCAACUGGACUCACUACACUUGGUCAAGCCUUGCGGGCAUCCUUCGAUUUACUAAAUUUGAACCGUUUAGUUUCAGGAAUAGAUAAUUAUGGUCAAGGGAGGAAUCCUUUUUUCCUUGAACCAUCUGUUAUAAUCACCAUCUCUGACGGAAGCAAAAUGACAAAUAAUGGCGGUGUGCAAGAGGAGCUACACCUACCAUUAAAUUCUCCGCUGCCUGGUAGUGAAUUGACAAAAGAGCCAUUCCGCUGGGAUCAGAGAUUGUUUGCAUUGGUUCUUCGUCUCCCUGGUGCAUCAUCCCUUGAAGCAGAGCAGCUGGGCAGCGUGCCUUCAGAUGAGUCUGCUGUGACCCAGAUGUGUGAAGUGACCGGAGGUCGGUCCUACUGUGUGCGCACACAGCGGAUGUUAAACCAGUGCCUAGAAUCCUUAGUACAGAAAGUUCAAAGUGGAGUGGUCAUUAAUUUUGAAAAAACUGGACCAGACCCAGCACCAAUUGGGGAAGAUGGUAUUGAAUCACCUCGAGCAACUACUAUAUUUACUCCUCAAGUUUGGCAUAGCUGUCACAAGUUGAUAUAUGUGCGACCUAACCCUAAGACGGGCGUACCAGUUGGGCACUGGCCAAUUCCUGAAUCCUUUUGGCCAGAUCAAAAUUCUCCAACGUUGCCUCCACGUGUUGCUCAUCCUGUGGUAAGGUUCUCCUGCGCUGAUUGUGAUCCAAUGGUCAUUGAUAAAUUACCCUUUGACAAAUAUGAACUUGAACCUUCACCUUUGACCCAGUACAUUCUAGAGCGCAAAUCUCCUCACGCCUGCUGGCAGGUGUUUGUAAGCAGUAGUGGAAAAUAUAGUGACCUGGGACAUCCAUUCGGUUACCUCAAAGCAAGUACAACGUUAACCUGUGUGAAUCUCUUUGUAAUGCCUUACAACUACCCAGUACUACUCCCACAGCUUGAUGAUUUGUUCAAAGUUCAUAAACUAAAACCAAAUCUGAAGUGGCGCCAAACCUUUGACAAUUACUUGAAGACCAUGCCUCCCUACUACAUGGUGCCAUUGAAAAAAGCAUUACGAAUGAUGGGAGCUCCCAACUUAAUCAGUGAUAACAGCAUGGAUUGUGGACUAAGUUACAGUGUUAUUUCUUACCUCAAGAAACUUAGCCAACAGGCCAAAAUGGAAUCAGAUCGUAUAAUUUCAUCUGUUGGCAAAAAGACUCCACAAGAGCUGGGAAUCAAAGUUAAGAACCAAUCCAGUGUACUGUCUUUGGCACAUCGCAAAGAUUUUAAGCAACUGCUGCAAGGAAUCACAGGGGAAGUGCCUCUCAGGCCCUUGGAGCUGAGCAUGAAGGAGUUUGCUGGCUUUCAGAUAGCAAUCCUAAACAAGGAUGUUAAGCCUCAGACUUACCGGAAUGCUUACGACAUUCCUCGCCGGAGCCUGUUGGACCAGCUAACUAGAAUGAGAUCAAAUCUACUGAAAACUACGCAGAAAUUGAUUCAAGGCCAAGACGAAGAUUAUCUGCACAGCAUUCCUGUGGCACAGAUGGGCAACUAUCAAGAAUAUUUGAAACUUAUGCCCCCUCCUCUUCGUGAGAUUGACCCAGACCAACCGAAGCGGCUCCAUACGUUCGGGAAUCCUUUCAAACAGGACAAGAAGGGAAUGAUGAUCGAUGAGGCGGAUGAGUUUGUUGCAGGCCCACAGAAUAAGGUGAAGCGACCUGGAGAACCCAACUCACCAGGAUCGCUGAAGAGGAGGCGUAGCAUGUCACCGCUGCUGCGACGAACUCCAGCAUCACCUGUCAUAAAUAACAUUGGAGGAAAGGGACCUCUGACUGCAGGAGUUCAAUCACAGGGCUGCCCUGUCAAGCCUCUGGAAGUCCAUAAUGAUAUGAACAGUGUUGCAACCGAUGAAAUAAGCGCAGAGAAGGAUGUGUGGCAAUCAUUAGAUAAAUCCAUUGGAGAAACAGUGGAACCGGCUCCAGCAGAAGGAGCUGCUUCAACAUCUAUUCACACAGCACCAGAUGUCCUGCUGCCCAGUGACUUUCAGCUUGAUGCACAACUCAAUCAUGUGGCUGAGGAUAUACUUGAUCAUCAACUUGGGCUGGAUGUUGUAAUGAAUGACUCCUUGGAGAGCCCAUCGGAAACUGAUAAUGAAGAAGAUGUGACACUGGAAAGCAGCCCAGGCAUAUCCUUGCCUGCCUCUGAUGGCAUGCAAGAUCAGCCCGUGGUAGAAGGGACUAAUGCAGAGCUCAGGAUCAAAGUCAUAAAGGAGAUUCGCAAGCCAGGGAGAAAUUAUGACAGACUCUUCAGAUUAUUGGAGGACAUACAAGGGUCUACAGAAAUUCAGCGGAAUUUUAUUCUGAAUACUAUCAAAGAAGCUGCCAGAUUUAAAAGACGCGUUUUAAUCCAGCAACUAGAAAGAGUACUGGACGAUGUUACUUCAAGAUCUCUGGCAGGACAGAUAAACCACAUCAACAAUAGUUAGCUGAAAUGCAGGGCUGAAGACAAUUUGCUACCCUGUCAUACUGAAUGGUCCUGUCUGAUCCUGGCACCCCACUGGGGAGUGGGUGUGUGGAGCAGAGUCCCUUGACUGGUUGAAGAGCUUUGCCAAUACUGUGGGAGCAGUUGCUUUUGGAGGUGGAUGUGGUGAACGUGAAUGAUAGCAGUAAGAAAUUCUGCUGUAAUAUUUCACCUUUGUUCACCCUGUCAUUCAAGCUGACCCUGAGGCUUGUCUUUCCCAUAGUUCAGACACGGUGCCUCCUUUAACACUUGAUCCAUGCACUGGUGGAUAGGGAAGACAAUGUUUUUUUUUAAAAUAAAAAAACAAAACAAAAGUGAAAUAUUUGGAGGAAACCAACUACCUCAGACUCACUCUACCAUUUUGUAGAUAGUUGACAUGUGGCCAAUUCCUUCCCUGCCUUGCCUCAGCCCCUGAGGAAGGCACUGCCUGCUGCCAGGACUUUACACUGUGGAAGCCCUGAAGUGGAUACGGGGGUAUUGAUUGACCUUUUUUAUUGUUCAUAUAAGAGAAAUUAUUUUUGGAUUACAUUGUUACAGAUUAAAACACCAAAUUGUCAUAUUUUAAAGUGUGAAAUAACUUUUGUAACUUAUCUAUUGAAAAUAAAUACAGUUUAUCAUGGAA